AACUGAAACAAGAUAAUCGCUCUCUUUCCCUUUCUCGUCCUCCUCCGGUGAUGGCGAUGACCGUGACGACGACGUUGACGGUGAUGAGGGCACGGCCGGCGACCAUAAGCUGAAGGGAACCCACGUGAAGAUCGAAUUUUGGCAGCGAAUUGGUGGGGGAAGGGCCCAUUGAUUGAGGGAGAGGGAUGCAUCCGGUGAACGCGAUAAUGGCGGCCCGGGAGCUGAUGGAGCCUGGCGGCCGCCUCGGGGCGGAGUGGAUACCGUUCGGGUCGAUAGAGUGGUUCGCCUACGCUGGGGUGUCGUGCUUCCUCGUCCUGUUCGCUGGCAUGAUGUCGGGGCUGACGCUCGGCCUCAUGUCCCUCAGCCUUGUCGACCUCGAGAUCCUGCAACGCAGCGGCACCCCCACCGAGAAGAAACAAGCCACUGCGAUUCUUCCUGUUGUGCAAAAGCAACACCAGCUCCUUGUCACGUUGCUCCUAUGUAAUGCUGCUGCGAUGGAGGCCCUCCCCAUAUAUCUCGAUAAGAUGUUUAAUCAGUACCUCGCUAUUAUUCUCUCUGUGACUUUCGUCUUAGCAUUUGGAGAGGUUAUUCCACAAGCAAUUUGUACUAGAUAUGGGCUUGCAGUAGGUGCCAAUUUGGUGGGGGUUGUGAGAGUUCUAAUGGUUAUUUGCUAUCCGAUUGCAUACCCCAUUGGGAAGGUUCUGGAUUGGGUGCUAGGUCACAAUGACGCGCUGUUCAGGCGUGCACAGCUGAAAGCUCUCGUCUCUAUCCACAGCAAGGAGGCUGGCAAGGGAGGUGAACUCACACAUGAUGAGACAACAAUUAUAAGUGGAGCACUCGAUUUAACCGAGAAGACAGCUGAGGAGGCCAUGACGCCGAUUGAGUCAACCUUCUCAUUAGAUGUCAAUUCAAAAUUGGACUGGGAAGCAAUGGGGAAAAUUCUUGCUCGAGGUCACAGUCGAGUGCCUGUGUAUUCUGGGAGUCCUAAGAAUAUAAUUGGGCUUCUACUAGUGAAAAGUCUUCUCACUGUACGACCUGAAACGGAGACACCAGUUAGUGCAGUUUCUAUUCGAAGAAUUCCCAGGGUUCCAGCAGAUAUGCCUCUAUAUGACAUUUUAAAUGAGUUUCAGAAGGGCAGUAGUCAUAUGGCGGCGGUGGUUCGGGCAAAGGGAAAGACCAAAACUCCUCCACCAACCUUUGAGGAGAAAUCUGCCGAAACUAAACCUAAUGAUGCAGAUUCCCAGUUGACCACACCUUUGCUCUCAAACCAAAAUGCGAAGCUUGAGUCUGUCGUUCUCGAUAUUGAGAAGGGUUUGAAGCCUGCCACUGCAAAUCGGGCCCAACUCAAUGAUUUGGCCACAAAUGGAUUUUCAACUCCAUCAGACGAUAUUGAAGAUGGUGAGGUCAUAGGAAUCAUUACUCUCGAAGAUGUGUUUGAGGAACUACUGCAGGAAGAAAUUGUAGAUGAAACAGAUGAGUAUGUUGAUGUGCACAAGAGGAUUCGGGUUGCUGCAGUAGCUGCGGCUUCAUCAGUGGCGAGGGCUCCCUCAUCUCGGAGGCUGAAUGUGAACAAAGGAACUGGAGGCCAAAACAAGCAGGGCACAACCCCGAGGAAAACUACCGAGGGGGAUCUGCACUCUGCAAAAGCUCAAGCAAAUCCUGUGGAGCCUCUUCCUGGGAACAAAUGACAAGACAACUCGCGUGAUUUUAUCUGAUUGUUCGCUCUGAGACUUUAGGAAGAAGUAUUCGGGUCAUCGCUGUAGAGAGGAUGAAUAAACCAAACUUUCAAGCAAGACAUAUAGAUGAAGAAUUUUGGUGAUACUAAUCUGUGCUUUAACUUGGAGAGCGGCUCUUAGGCGAGUGUAAUUCAUGACACCAGAGAUUGAAUGGGUUCAUAUGUAAAGGAGUUAAGGUUCUAGAAAUGAUCUUGACUUUGAUAUUAAGGAUUAUCAAGGAAAAAAUUUUGUUCAGUUUA